GCACAAAAGUACUGAAGCUAGUGUUCAAAGUGUCUGCAUUUGCCAGAAUGGUGCUAAACUAGGUCACUGGCCUCUUUAAGUUGUUUCAUUUGCACACCAGAGAUCAUUUCAGUCAAAGCAAGUCAUCUGAGGAGGUUGUAUGAGGCUUGUUUAAUCGUAUCUUGAGGAGAAAAACGUAAAAGCUGCAUUACAACCCAGAGCUGCUAUGACCUGUACUUCUGCAAACUUUAUCUGGCUCAGACUUCCAUGUGAAGAGACGAGCAGUUCCAAGAAACACAGCGUCUCGUCUUGAGCCUGAGCGCCUUCUCCAGCACGCAGACUAAUGGCUGAGCUGCUGAGUCAUGUUGGGUUGGUUCUCAAAGAUUAAGUUGAGAUGAAUCUCCACUCGACCAUUUGGAGAUUCUUGAUUUUACUUCUCAGUCUUUCAAUUAAGCGUGGCCCUCUGCUCCCUGCUGACUGCCUGCGCUUCGAAGGCUGUGGCUCCCUGACAGUGGAACCAGCUCUACCCUUCCUCUUGGGCUCAAACCUGACAGUGUACUGCCACAUCACAAAAUGUCCACAGAGGAGGGAAUGCUCCAGAAUCUCCCUGGAGCUGAACUACGAGACCGUGGACACUUGGGAGAAAGUCAACUGCACCACGGUGAUAUUCACUCUGAUCGAUGUCCGGAGGCCGCUGUCUUUUGUGCGCUGCAAGCGACAUUAUGCUCAGCGGUCUGAGAUUGUCGGUGGACUGGACCUACGUGGUGGUCUCCCUCCAGAUAAACCUGCAAACAUUUUCUGUGAAACGACACGAAGCUCAGAUUUUAUCAACUGCUUGUGGGAGAGAGGACAGGAAACGCACCUCCCUACCACCUACAACGUAUCAAUCAAGAGAGCAAAUGGGACGCAGGUGCUGCUAGAUCAGAUCCGAGGUGCUGAAGAAAUCACCAUGCCGCGAGCAAUGAUAGGUGAAAACGCUGAACACCAGCUGAUUAUCACCGCUUACAAUCACUUUGGAGCAUCACAGUCUGAUCCAGUCACACUCUGCGUAGAGGACAUGGUGAUACCAGAGACGCCUCGUAUAAUCGAGGUAAAGUUUGAGAGCAUCUCCAUAACGGCCCAGUUGCAGUGGGAAACUGCAGAGUCCUCGGAGCAUCUCAGAUCCUACGUCAGGCUCAGCACAGAUAACAGCUCCUGGGAAGCUGUAGAGAGAACAGAUGUCAGCAAGGGCCUGACACAAGUGGACGACCUGAGGCCUCUGACUGCAUAUGAGUUCCAGAUGAGAACAUGUUACUCAGGACUGACCCGUAAUGCGGCCAGCGAAAGGUUGAUCUGCAGCAAAUGGAGCCCGUCUGUUCGGCGAAGAAGUCCUGGAAAAGGUCCAUCGCAGCAGCUGCAUGUUUGGAGGAUAUUAGGCAGUCAGAAGACAAAUGGGUCACGAAUGGUGACGGUUUUGUGGAAGCCUCCACCUCCAGAGGAUUACAGUGGUGAGGUGCAACAGUACAAGAUCUUUAUCGGUAGCGACCAGAACCCGAGAGAGAUUUGUCCCGCCGCUUCCAGCCAGUGUUCGGUUCAGGUGCCAGUCAAUGUCCAGACAUUAAGCGUCAGCGCUGUCACCUUGUAUGGGUCAACUCCACCAGCCGACGUGCCCCUCAGACACUCAGAUGAUUGUGGACCUCUUCUGAAAGUGUUGGCCCCCUCCCCUAAUGGCAGUGCUGUGCUGGUCUCCUGGUCUUGGCCGGGAAACAAACCCUGGUCACCACCCGGAGGAGAAGUGCUGCACUACGUGUUAGAAUGUAGAAGCGUUCCAGCGGCGGAGCUGCAGUGGCAGCAAGUGGCUGAAGAUCAAAACAGCACAUCCUUCACAGGUCUGACUGAUGGUGUGAGGUACAAUAUCUCUGUGUAUGCUGUGACCACUCGAGGUGUUAGUGCGCCAUCAUCUGGUCUGGUCUACUCCAAAGAAAAGGAGCCACUGUCUGGUCCCAAAGUGUGGGUACUGGCCCAUGAGGCCGGACGGAUCUGGAUCCAGUGGGGCGAGCUGCCUGUAGACCAGCAGAGAGGCUUCAUCACAAACUACACCAUCUAUCUCCAGACGCUGGACUCCAGGAACACUGAAAUCAGCGAGACCGUGCCUGGCUCCGACCCCAGACAGAAGUGGCUGGACUGUCCCGAGGGAGCUCUUGUUCUGCAGAUGACCGCAUCCACCUCAGCAGGAGAGGGGCCGCGGGGGAGCCGGAUCCCCUCUCAGCCUGCAACCGCUGGGGUUGGCCUGAUGGUUUUGAUUGUUUUCAUCAUUACCUUUUUCAUUGCACUCAUAGCCAACCUGAUGUGCUGGAGCUGCGUGAGGGCAAGGAUCAAACAGAGAUGUGUAUCCUGGGGACCUGCCUGGUUUGGCGAAAACUUACCAAAACCAGGAAACAGUGUUGCCAUCAGGCUACUGGAGGAUGGAAGUGAACCGACCUUCUCGUCCACCUACAGUGACCCUCCACUGUCCCCCAUCAGUUUAAUCUCCCAGGAGGAGAGAGAUGACGUGUACCCCACCAUCCACGUCGAAAUAUCGGGACAACCCACAGCGGAGACGCCUUUGCUCACGUCGGAUUCUGGCACGAUGCUUGCUGUCAGCCAGCUGGAAGAUGUUAGCUACAAACCCCAGAUCGCCAUGCUGGCUCUACAGGAAGAAGAGGGGACAGAGACGGAUGAGGAGCACAUGGAUGUAGCAACAAUCGAGGAGGAAGACGGGUGUUCGAGCAUGUAUGGAGGCUUAUUUGAAGACUUUCUGUCCAGUGUGGAGGUGGAUUUCUCUGAUGUACCUCUUAGGCUAACUCUCAGAUCUGUUGGCGGUCUUUUGAGACCUAAAACUCAGGAAACAACAACUGUCUUGAAUGGAGGCGUCUUACUGGGGAGGUCUGAGAACAAGGUGGCAGCAGAUUCUCCCAGUCUGGAUUUACAACAGGAUGAAAUAAAGAUGUGUGACACUGCAGACAGGUGUUUAUCUCAGUACACAGUUGAGACCACAUUGACUGAUGGUUAUUUCCCUCAGGUAGCUGCCGUCAGCAGCGCUCCUAUCUGUGACACACAAAGAUAACAGGGAUGAUGGGAGUGACACAACCUGCACUACCAAACUGACUAUCAAGAAAGCAUUAUUCAAGCACCUUCUGACCUCAGUGACAUUGUGUAAUUAGAGAAAACCUUGUUUGAGAUGAUCUGUAACUGUAAUUCCCUCUGUUAAAACCCAAGAUGAUAAAUAAGAAAUGCUUCUAUUGAGUUUGAUUGAAUGCAACUCUAAAGGUGUUUUGUUGGCACUACUUUUAAUAUAGACAUACUUAAUAAAGAAACUUUUUUCAAUGCUUCAAAGAUCAGAAAGAGGCCAUCAUACAGACAGUGCCAGAUCCUUGACUGCGGCACUUUGUCAGGGGUUCACAUUCAUUUUCCCCAGAGGAUGAAUCUUACUUACUUAAGUGAUACCCUAUAUUUCCAUUUACCACCACCAGCAGGUCAGAGUUUUUAUGUAACCAGUAAAAUAGAUCAACAUCUGUUGGAUGCUUUAGCAAAACAAGAAACAAGUGUCAUUGUUCCCAGAGGAUGCAUCCUAAUGACUUUGGUUAUCCCCUCUUAUUUGCUGUAAUACAAAUACGAGGUACCAUCGCUAUUAGAUGGAUUGCCAUGAAAACACAUUCACGUUUUAAUGUGUAUUAUCUUAGUAUCGUAGAAAUUGGUAUUUUGUGCAAUUUGACGCAGCCACAGUUUGAGGGUGUGACACCACUGUCGUAAAUACAAAUCCCAGGUCUGUAACAACUGGUCAGACGUGAUGUAGGUGCUGACUGCAAACAACACUCAGUACGUCAAAACAAUGAUAUGUGUUGCGCCAUGAUCCUACUCUCUCACCGAAGUUGCAUAGUGCGGAAAUAAGUGAUUGGGGGGGCGACUUAGCUGAGGCAACGACACCAUUCACCCUGUUAUAAGAAACUGUACCGUCACCAUGAUGUCAAAGCUGUACCUUUUAAAAAAAGUUUCAUAAUGUUGCUUUAUUGAUGACUUCACUUACUUUGACCAAAUGCCUUCAAAAUAUUGACAUUUAUGUUGGCUUCUACCAUAAUAUUAAGCUAAUUAGCAAUUGUUAGCAUGCUAGCAGGCUUAUCUAAGAUUAUGACCAUUGUGAAGCUCAUAUCUGCAAAUGAUCAACAUCUUAGUGGUGUUAUUGUGAGGAUAAUGGUGUUAGCAUUUAGCUCAUGUCUAACUGCAGAAUGCUUACAUGGCUGUAGACUCUUAGUCCAAUUACUGAGCUCUUCAAACUCGCAAAGAUUUCAGUGUAAAACAUAAAAAAAAUAACUAAAAUUAUUAUGUAUUGUGUUGCAGAGAUAGCUAAUCAAGUUAGCAUGCUAACCAGCUAGCCCCUGUAGUAAACAACACCAACACUUCCCCGAUGCAAUGACAAUUAAUACGACUGCUUGUUGCACAUUUAACAGAGCUUACUAGCUAACAGUAGCUACCGCUAACAGCAGUAAGAGAUUACACUGGGGAUAUGCUGCAAGUUUCUUAGCCUGCAUAUUGCACCUUUAAUACUUUUAUACAAUUAACAGAAGUUAAAGAGCAUCUGACUGUUAACCGAGGAUUGUUUGAUUUACUUGAACGCGAGCUGCCUACAUCAUUAAUAAAGCACUGUGUGUUUCUUACUUCAUGA